AUGCCUGACACCCUUCCCAGUGGCCCUGUUGCGUGGUUUAAAGGAUCUGGACCAAAUAGGAAAUUAAUCUUCAAUUUCAAGGAUGAUCGCUUUCCCAGAGUAAAAGCAGUUUCGGAUACCAGGAAAGCCGGCAACACAGACUUCUCCAUCCGCAUCAGUGAAGUCUCCCUCGCAGACUCUGGUACUUACUACUGCGUGAAGUUCAAGAACGGGAAGCCUAAUGACUAUCAAUCUGGUCAGGGAUCCCAGUUGUUCGUGACUGGAAAUUCAUUUGAAGAGUUAAAAGUAGACCAGCCUGAGAGUUCAGUGUCGGUCGAUGCCGGAGAUGAAGUCACCUUGCCCUGCAGCAUGUCUUCUCAGUCACCCAAAGGAACUGUCUCCUGGUUCAAAGAGGAAGGGCCCAAACGGCAGUUAAUCUACAGCUUCAAUGGAAAUCACUUCCCCCGAGUAACUCAAGUGCAGAAAACAGUGCCCAAUCAAAUGGACUACUCCAUCCGCAUCAGCGACAUGUCAUCAAAGGAUGCUGGCAUCUACUUCUGCGUGCUGUUAAAGAGAGGGACUCCUGCCACGGAGCUCAUGUCCGGCCCGGGCACCCAUGUAUCCGUGAAAGGAAGCACAGACCAGACAUCCCACGUACAACAAAACGAGAUGUCUCGGACAGUCGAAAUGGGGAAGACAAUCACCUUGAGUUGCACAGUGCCCGACACCCUCCCCAGCGGCCCUGUCUCAUGGUUUAAGGGAUCUGGGCCAAAUCGGAAAUUAAUCUUCAAUUUCAAGGAUGAUAGCUCUCCCAGAGUAAAAGCAGCUGGGGACACCAACAAAGUCGGCAACACAGACUUCUCCAUCCGCAUCAGUGAAGUCUCUCUCGCAGACGCGGGUGUCUAUUACUGUGUGAAGUUCGUAAAGGAGAACCUGGACAAGGAUUACCAGUCAGGCCAGGGUACCCAAGUAUCUGUUAUUGCUCCGUCUUCUCUGCCUGUGGUAAUAGGCCCCUUGGAGAGGGCCCUGAUUAAACAGGCUGUGAAUUUCAGUUGCAUGUCCUACCAUUUCUUCCCCGAAAACAUCACCCUGAGAUGGUUCAAAAAUGGGAAAAAACCCUCCUCCCUCCGGACCCAGGUGAUCAAAUUGAAGUAUGGAAAUGGUGACAAAGUCUUAAGUACCACUGAGGUGCUGCUGGACCCAAAGGACUUCAAUUCUCAUGUCACCUGCAACAUGGACCACCCAAGCUUGCCACACCCUCCUCAUGGGAAGACCGAGUUGACUGACACCAUGCUAGCUCCAUCCACUGUGUUUGUUUAUCAAUACCCCAUCUCAAAUGACAAGAUAAAUGUCACCUGCAAGGUCAAGAAGUUCUACCCUGAGAAUGAACACCUGGCCUCUCUGAAGAACAGAAACACCUCCCAUAUGGAUGAGAGCCUGACCCCCACCAAAGGCCGAAGCGGGCUGUACAGCGUGCAGGGCUCCAUCCUGGUGAUAACCGCUAACCACACGGAGGACGUUCUCCUCACCUGCCAGGUGGACCAGGAUGGGCGGCACAAAGUCACCGCAAAAACAGUCAUGCUCGCCAUGCACCUGGACAAGUCGAAGAUGUAGCCCCCGGAAUGGCCUCCAUGAUUAUGGAAGGGGGCUGGGCCCUGUCGUCAUUCCUCAAAGCUUGCUUUUUAAGAAUAUAAAGUGUUUAACUUAGGAAAGCAAAACCUACUCUUCCCUCCCUCCCUAUCUCU